GCUCGUCGUCUACCCUUUGCUACUGCUCCUCGUUCUGUGUCCCCCCCGACUUCGCCCUCUUCGCGAGCGGAGAAAAAGCUUCAGAAAUUUAGCUGGGCAUGGAUUGUUUUUUGAAGAAUAUAGAUAGCUAAUUACACCCCCCCCCCCCAAAAAAAAAAAAGAAGAAUAUAGAUUAGCUGCCCACUUUAGUCUCGGUCCUUGAUUUUCAGAGAUGGUGGGGUGGCAUCGACAUUUGCAGUCCGUGAUCGGCUAUGUCGGAAGGAGGAGAGUGGGAACUGCUGCCAGCUUUGAUGCGUUUCGCAGCUUCACCGGUUCCUCUGCAUCUUUGUUUGGAGCUGCGGAGGUGAGGAGUGACCCGCUUGGAAGUUUGCAAAGACUCUGGAGACAUUGCCCCUCUUCUUCGGUAGCGGUUCCGAGAUCAUUCUAUCAGCAUCAACAGCUCAAUUGGAUAUCCACUUCGAGAAAGCUACUGGCCAGUUCAUCCGACGGUGCCCCCGUUUCAUCCCCUCUAACACCUUCUCUGAUAACGAGUGGCAGAGCAACUGAGGCUCAGAAAUCAGUUUCUAAACCAGCUAAAGUUCAAGCGGUUCUGAAGGGCAUAAAGCAGAGCCCCAAAAAACUCAACCUCGUGGCUACAUUGGUUCGUGGAAUGCGUGUCGAAGAUGCAUUAUUACAGUUGCAAGUAACUGUGAAGCGAGCUGCGAAAAUUGUUUAUCAGGUCAUACACUCGGCUCGGGCAAAUGCAACCCACAAUCACGGGUUGGAUGCCGACCGUCUUCUAGUUGCGGAGGCAUUUGUCGGGAAGGGGCUCUACAAGAAGAGAAUGAACCCCCAUAGCAAAGGAAGAUGCGGAAUCAAAAUGAGACCGGUGUCCAGGCUUACAGUGGUUGUGAGGGAGAUAACACCGGAAGAGGAGGCUGAGAUCGCGAAGCUGAGAGUAAGCAAUUUUAAGAAGCUCACUAAGCGGGAGAGGCGGCUUGUUCCUCAUAAGCUUAUUGAGACCACUCCAAUCUGGAACAGGAAAAGCAAAAACAGCAGUAUUCGAGAAUCAGAUGCCGUGCCAGCAUAGUAACCCUUGUCCAUUUUUGCUAGAGUUGCAUGAGUGUCUGAUGGCAUGGAAGAGCCUAGGUAGUGUUCAUCAUGUCCUGUUUUCUGCUUUUUGCCAAGGGACAGAAUAAGAUUUUGAUGGUUUGGAGGAGAAGAAGAAAAGGCAAAGAGUUAACCCACUUGAAUGCUGUAAUUUCAGAUUUAGCUUUCUGUACUAAAAAAUUGUAGCAUUCUUGCAGACGCAUCCUUGUACUCCUAGAUGUUGGAAUUUUUCCUUGAUUUUGUUAUUCGGCUUUCCUAAAC